UCACGACGAGGGCAAAAAUGUCAUUUAGGUCGUAGAGCAAUGGAUAGGAUAACGAGACAUCCAGAAAGCACAGAAAGCUCAAUUCUCAAACUCAACAAUGGCAGCUGCCCUCUCACUCUGUUCUUCUCUCACUCCAAAGCUUCAACAUCGCAAUCAGACUCCAACACCCUUUUCUCAUUCAAGAAUCAAUCUUUCUUUUCUCUCCCACCCUCUCUCGUCUCUGACGCUCACCUCGCGCACACAUCCCGCAUUAUCUUUUGCUCCAAAAUCAACUGAUACAGUAGCUGAAGUUUCUUUAAGCGAACCAGAAGCUGAUAAUGCAGCCACGGAAGCUGAGCCCGCUGUUGAAACAACGGAGCCAAAGCGUGAGGAAGUUUUUGCUGUUGUGAUGGUUGGAUCUAGGCAAUACAUUGUGUUCCCUGGACGUUUCAUCUACACGCAGAGGCUUAAGGGUGCAAAUGUAAACGACAAGAUAACCUUAAAUAAAGUUUUGCUGGUGGGAACAAAAACAAGCACAUACAUUGGAAAACCAAUUGUGCCAAACGCCACAGUCCAUGCCAUUGUCGAAGAGCAAACAUUGGAUAAGAAGGUCAUUGUCUUCAAGUACAAGAAAAAGAAGAACUACAGAAGAAAUAUUGGGCACAGACAGCCUAUUACAAGGAUAAGAAUAACAAGUAUCACAGGGUACCAAGACUCACCUGCUGUCACCCUUGAGUAGUUAUACUGUUAUAUUCCACCCCAGCCGUCAUUGUCAUUUUCAAAAUUUGUUUAUGCCUGAUUUUGUAACAUCGCACUAGUUUUUUGAGAAGAUUAUGUUGUAGGCUCUGUGAGGCCUUGUGGUCAAUUUAAAUUUUGUGUAAAAAGCCAGUUAGAAGGAGGGCUUUGUAGUCAACAUUUGAUUCUCAAAUCCUGUUGUCACAUUAUAUUCUUGGCUAUAAUACAGUUGCUUCAAGCAUCGGCUGACCAUAAUAAUUGCGUUUGUUUUCA